AUGCAGCCCAACACACUUUCUCACGUCAUGCCACUGCAUCAAUUCCAACAACCAGUGAAAUCUCUCUUCCGAAUGAUUUUUCUACGGAACAAACAAUAUCCAAUCUAUGAUAUGUUGCGAUUAGAAGAAAGUAUCAUGAGAUGCGAUAGUAAUAAGGAAAAUAUUUACAUCCUUACCAAUGAAGGAACUCCUGAAAAAAGUAUUAUUAUGGGAAGCAGUGGAAAUGUUGAAAAGUUGGUCUUCACAGAGAAUACGACACUAGAUAAGGUUCCGAUAGUGAAAAGAUUUUCUGGAGGUGGAACGGUACUUGUUGAUGACAAAACCAUAUUUGUGUCAAUUGUUGGAUCACAUCAAUUUUUGAAAUAUUCAAGUUUUGACCCAAAUUUAACGAGAAAAAUUAUAGAAAGAGAACAUGACCAUGAAAUCCAAUAUAAAGCAUAUCCAGAAGAGAUUAUGUCAUGGACCUAUGGUUUUUAUAAUCCAAUUUUCCCUCCAAGUUUGAAUUUCAAAUUGCGAGAAAAUGAUUAUAUUUUCUAUGGAGGUAAAAAGUUUGGUGGAAAUGCCCAAUAUGUGACUGGAGGAAAAUCUCAACGAUGGGUACAUCAUACAUCAUUUCUAUGGGACAUGAAUAGUGAAUGGAUGGAAAGAUAUUUGAAAAUGCCAGAAAAGAAACCUGAAUAUAGACAUUCCAGAUCUCAUACUGAUUUUCUAGUAACUUUGAAGAACAGUUUGUGCAAAGAGAAUGAAUCUAUUAGAGAUUCAUCAGAUUUUGUGAAUUUAAUUCGACAAAGAGUUCAUGAUUUGAGCCACAACGAAUGGAAGGAGCAUGUGAAAGAGUUUGUCGAAUUAAAUUCGUACGAUGAUUUUCAACAUUUUAUAAAAGAAAACACCCUCAUAAGGACAACUUUGGUGUGA